GCUGUCAACUGGUCGGAGACGAAGGAAACUGUCACUUGUUCGCGUUGUUGCCAACCAAUGUGAAGUUUAAAUUGUAUUUAUACUUUCCCAUCACACAAGGUUGAACUUCGAGGCAAUUCUGCUGUAUCUGCAUAACAGUCAAACGACGAGCUAUGGCCAAUAAAGUUAUGGAAGCUAGCUAACGUUAGCUCUCUAAGUAGCUAGUGACAAUUGUCAGAAGUUCGCUAGCUCCGUGCUAGCUAGCUAGCUCCCACGUAGUAACGUUACGAUACAGUGGGACUCGGUGGCUAUUUAACGUUAGCGUCUGAGAGCUUGCGGUGGGUGAGUGGUCCCGCUAACAAACAUUGGUUGAGCUGCUGUAAACGUGUAGAGAUUGCCUUCUUUUGGACGUGAAGAGACAUACGCUUGUCGAGAUAUCCUAACAUGGAUCCCUUUGACAGUAACAACACGGAGCGAGCUAACCUGCCAAGGAACAUGAUUGAGAACAGCAUGUUUGAGGAAGAACCAGAUGUAGUAGAUCUGGCCAAAGACUCUGCAGCAUUUCCGACAUUUCCAGCUCUUGACCCAGAUGAGGUGGUGUAUGAGCCCCGUAGCUCUCGGUUGCUGGUGCGAGGGCUGGGAGAAAACGAGCUGGACGAAGAGGAGGAGGACUACGAGUCAUCAGCCCGUCUGCUGGGAAUGUCCUUCAUGAACCGCAGCUCCGCCCACAGGCCCAGCUCCUCCCCUUACACCAGACAGGCCCCGCCCAGGUCAUGUUCACGACCCUCAGCUCGUACCAUGGUUGUGUGUGUGUUAUUCCUGGUGAUUGUGGCCUCCAUGACUAUGGUUCUUUACUUUUUACCGGGGUGUACUUUUACCAGGACGGGUUGUCCUAAGUCCAACAGCACCACUCCCAUUGAUCCAGCCUAUCCUAACUCCACCAACGGGGAACUUUUCCCUUGGACAGAACUCCGGCUCCCUGCAAGCAUACGACCUUUACACUAUGACCUCACUUUGAACCCUGACCUCAAGACCAUGACCUUCACCGGCCAUACUGUUAUCAGCAUGUCUGUGCAGCACAACACCAAGCGCAUUGUCCUGCACAGCGCCGAGCUCAACAUUACCAAAGCUACGUUUCAGCUCGAUGAUGGGAAGCCCAGUGAUGUGACUGUGCUGGAAUACAAACCCAGACAGCAGAUAGCUGUCAAGUUCACUGAGGAGCUGAAGGCAGGCCAGCACCUUGUUUUAACCCUGGAUUACUCUGCCAACCUGUCACACAACUACGAUGGUUUCUACAACAGCUCGCACACAGACAAAAAUGGAGUUAAAAGUGUCCUUGCUGCCACCCAGUUUGAGCCACUAGCAGCUAGGAAGGCCUUCCCUUGCUUUGAUGAACCGGCUUUCAAAGCCACGUUCCUUGUUAAAAUCAGCAGAGAGAGCGGCUACAUGACUCUUUCCAACAUGCCGAAGGCUAAAACCACAGAGCUUCCCAGUGGCCUCCUACUGGAUGAGUUUGAGAAGAGCAGUGUCAACAUGAGCACCUACCUGGUGGCUUUCAUUGUGGCCAACUUCACCUCCAUCAGCGAAAAUGUUUCUGACACAUUGGUGUCUGUGUACUCUGUGCCAGACAAGAAAGAGCACACUCGCUUUGCUUUAAAAACAGCUUCCAAACUGCUGCAGUUCUACAAUAACUUCUUUGACAAGACGUACUCCCUCAAAAAACUAGACUUGGUUGCCAUCCCAGACUUCCUGGCAGGUGCCAUGGAGAACUGGGGUCUGAUCACUUUCAGAGAGACCAGCCUGUUGGUGGGCAAUAAUUCCUCUCGUCUUGAGCAGCAGUUAGUUGCGUCUGUCAUCGCACAUGAGCUCGCCCACCAGUGGUUUGGAAACCUGGUAACCAUGAGCUGGUGGAACGACCUGUGGCUCAAUGAGGGCUUUGCCACUUACAUGCAGUACAUGUCACUGCAGAGAGAAUUUCCUGAGCUAGACACUGAUAAUUUGUUCCUGGCAAUGCGGUUCAGAGCUUUGGCCAAAGACGCGUUAAACUCUUCCCAUCCAGUGAUAGUGAAGGUUGAUACGGCUGAGCAAGUGCUAGAGAUGUUUGACUCCGUCUCCUAUGAGAAGGGUGCAUCCAUUCUCCUGAUGCUCAAUGCUUCACUGCCAGGGGAGCAGUUCAGAAAGGGCAUCAUAGAAUACCUAAGGAAGUUCAGUGGAUUAAACACAGUCACGGAAGACCUCUGGAACAGCCUCACACAGGCUGAGGUCACUCCACAGCAUCAGAGUGUGUCAGAGAUGAUGAAAUCAUGGAUGUUACAGAAAGGCUUCCCGUUGAUCACUGUCAGUCGCAGCAAAGGUCAAGUGACCCUCACGCAGGAGCACUUCCUGCUCACAGCUGACAAUACCACACGCAGUUCCAGCUUGUGGCACAUUCCUGUGACGUAUGUGAACGACAGCUGUAGCUUGGAGCCUGAGUGCAAACAAUUGUUCACUCUGAAAACAGCGUCAGGGACUCUGAAGCUGCCAGACAAUGUGAAGUGGCUUAAAUUGAACUACAGAAACACAGGCUUCUACAUUGUCCACUAUGGAGAUGAGGGCUGGAAGGCUCUGAUAGAUGCCUUGAACCAAAAUAUCUCUGUUCUCACACAUGAGGACCGUGCCUCACUCAUACACAACAUGUUUGCUCUAUCUCGACUGGGUCGUGUUACCUUCCGUCAGGUUCUCAGCCUGUUGAACUAUAUAAGCAAUGAAACGGACACUGCUCCUGUGACUGAGGCCCUAUCACAGCUCACAACCAUCUACAAGCUGCUUGACAAAAGACAGGAACUGGGCUUAGUGGCCCGCAUGAAGGCAUACAUCCUUAAUCGUUUUGACUCGUUGAUCUGCAAGCAGACCUGGGGAGAAGAGCUCAGUGCGUCUAAACAGAAGCUGCGCUCUGCCCUGCUGGAAUCAGCUUGUAGUCUGGAUCACCCCUAUUGUGUUCAGAAUGCUACAGAGCUGUACAAGCAGUACCUUGAGUCAAAUAGGACCAAGCAGAUCCCAGGUGAUCUGCAGCGACUGGUGUUCACUGUGGCCGCUCGGUCAGAUGAGGGUUGGGUUCAAGUGUUGCAGAUGUAUGCACAUGCCACCUACGAUGCAGAGAAGCGUAAGAUGCUGCAGGCCCUCGCAUCCACUCAGGACACACGACGUAUAGUGUGGAUCCUGAAAGCAGUCUUGAAUGGGGAGACUGUCCAGACCCAGGAGCUGCCACUGGUUUUCAGCACAGUGAGCAAUGGCUUCGCUGGCCACUUGUUCACCUGGAACUUUAUCCAAGAGAACUGGAACCGCCUCAUAGAGAAGUUUCCUGUGGGUUCUUCAGCCAUCCAGAGCAUCAUCACGUCCACCACCUCCCAGUUCUCUACACAGGCACACCUUGAUCAAGUUCAGGGUUUCUUCACCAGCCUGAAGGAGCGGGGCUCUCAAAUGCGGGUGGUCCAGGAGGCCUUGGAGACCAUCAGGCUGAACCAGUGCUGGAUGGACAGGAACCUUCCCGCAUUCCGACAGUGGCUCUAAUACAGGCUCUCCAUCAGUCUCGGCCCCGUCAGCUGUUGGCCUGGCAACUGGGGCCUGUCAUCACGACAAACAGCAGUGUUUGCACUAUUGUAGGACUGUGUCUCUUAACUCCCUUUAACCAACGCAGAGUCCUGCUUCAAGCCAGAGGUUUGAACUCUCCCUGGGUGGAAAGGGUGUUUUUAUUUUGUGUUCUGACAUUGGUCCUGUGAGUUGUAGUUGCUAGCUCAGGGUGGCUCUGAUUGUGUGUCUGACAGGGUGCUGUCAGAGGCCAGCUCACACUCCUCACUCUUUACGCUGUCGACCAAAUUCUCUUCUCUUCUAUGGCUGUCACCUAAACCUCAUGCCUGAACAGACAAUCGUGCUUUUAGUGAACAGUGCUUUGCCUGCACUCCUUUGCUCAGCCUGUUCACAGGCACUUAGGAGCCAUGUUAACGCCACCUCAGUGAAAAGAGCAAGUGUGACGAAUGUCAACAGUAAAGUGUGUGUAUGUAUUUGCAGGUUUGGUUUCUCUCUCUGCCACAGGAUAUAGUGGCAAAAGCUUGAGAUUGCUACUUGAGAGAUAAAGUUAAUUUUAGAAUUCAAAAACCAUGCAUCAUUGUGUUAUGCAGAAUCUGUACAGAAAUAAAAUCUGCUUGCUAUACUGUGCACAAAAACUCAUGCAACCUGAAGCAUUUACCAUGUGAGUCGUGGUUUGGCUAGUAGAUUGGUUGACUGAUAGGUUGAAAUACCCAACUUGUGUUGGUAUCAAUUGAAUGUACUGAAAAACCUCCCCACUGUGUACAGUAGAUAGUGUACUGCACAGUAGUGCAGGUUUAAUUGAACAACCAAUGUGUCUUAGGUGAAACCAGGCAAUGCACACAUGAGCCAGAUGAUUAAUAUCUUUCUUUUACUCCCAUUCAUAAGAUCCGUUUUGCUCUGAUUGAACUUGUAUUUGCUUUUCUGUUGCGUGGAAUGCAAUCAUUGUUCAGAGUUAUUCUCAAACUCAGUGUGCUUGUAAAACUGUAAUUAUGAUGUAAAUAUGCCCACGCUACAAGCUUUUUUCUCCACUAUUUUGGAUGUUUUGUUUUGAAUGUAUGCAGACUUUAAACAUUUCAAGAUUUGCUUUUUGCUAUGUAUAUAGCGUGUAAAGGAGAGAUGUAUACCUAGACUUUGCUCAAAAGUCUUGGUCAAGUACUUUUUACUGUAUUUGUUGAUUUAGACCACAGCAGGGAGGUCAUUUGCUGAUGAAUGUUUGUGCUUUAAGGGCUAAUGUGCAUACUGAAGAUAUAAUUAAUUUAGAAGAACAUCUAUAUUGGGAGUGACUGAUCUCUGUCCAGCAGGCUGUUGCCUAUGAAAUUAGCCACAUAAAAAUAGAAGUUUUACUGUUACUCCAAUGUUACCCAGUUGCUCCCGUUGUGAAGAAAUGGGACUAUCUGUAGAUUGGGAAAAUGUUCUCCAUUUUCUCUAUGAUUUAAAUAUUUAAGAUAAAUGUUUUGCAAACUACUGUCCCAAGAUUUUAUUUUAUUACUUUUUCAAUCAUCCUAAAUCUUUGGUGAGCGGAUAUUUCAUUCUUAUCACUCCAGCAGUUUCCGACUAAUUUUGGAUCUGAUCUUCAGUAGAUCUGGUUCUCUGUCAUUUGCCAGCCAAGUUAUUGUAUACCUCUUUUAUUAGUUAAAUAUUAUUUGGGGGCUUUUUAAAAUCCUCUCUGUGUUAUUAAGUGUACAAACUGCUAUGGUACUCUACACUCAGCAGGAUUUUCAAAUUUCAAAAGUAAAACUAAGUAAAUCAGUCUUGGAAGCUCUCAUUGCUGUCAAGAUCUGCUAAGGGGUUACUGACAGUGUCACCUUUGACUCAAACUGACAUAAUGAGUCACAUCUCUUAGUCAUGACACAGCUUUAUUGUCAUGCCACAAACUGGGUGUGUAGAAAUGUCUGAUUGACAUUUAAGAGCAAGUCUUUAGUGUCCUGUCUGUCACUAGUCAUAAGUCAUUUAUUUUCCUGCAGUUUGUUUUAAAGCAGUCCCUUAUUAGAGGGAACAGGGAAACUUUAAUUGUCGGGUAGUCAAGGACACUGCCCUUAAUAUGUGAUGUGUAGUAAAGUCAACUGAAGCUGUUGGGAAACUGAUCUAGCAUUUUGUUUUGUAUAAAAGAAUGUUCAUCUGUGAAGUCAACUGCAAUAAGCUUUUCAAAGACAUCCGUUCCUAAUGGCAUUCAUACUGAUCAGGUACAGGAGUCAGGCGCGGAGUUUAAGUUGCUGACCUGGUAGCAUUACUUGGCCGUAAGAGAAGAUUGUAUUUGGAGCGCCAUCUCUUUUGUAAACCCACUCAGAUUGUUUGUUUUCGCACUGAGGUGGAAUUCUGCAGAAACUAUUGAAAUUGUGUGGCUCCUCAUGUCAACUAAAUAUAAAUAAAAAUUGUUUUCUGAAG